AUGGACACAAAUGUUGAAAAAAUAUCUAUGGAGGAUUCCCCCAACUCCGAGGGGAGUUUCGUCAGUACGACAAGUGGUCCAUGCUGUGGCGAUCGAGGUGAAUUGGAUACGGAAAUAUCAAUAGAGGAGCUUGAAGUGGAGAAUCAGAGCAUUAGUAACUUAGAAACACCCAUGAGUAAAAAGAAAAAAUGCUCAAGUGACUUAUCGGGUGGAAACAGUUAUGCCACAAAUAAAUAUGUGGCAGAAGGUAAGUAUUCAGUUAAUAAAUAUAUAUUUUUUAAUUAUUUUAUUUUCAUUACAGGCCUCAUGGUAUUCUUGAUAUUUUAUAACGACAAGGUCUCAACCUAUAUUUACUGUUUAAUUCUGGUGAUACUUUCUCUGGUACUUCAGAUAUUGGUUGGGAUAACGCUGAUAUUUAAGAGACGUCUUAAGCGAUUCAAGGGUCGUAGCUACGAAAGAACCAACGAUCUUCUGGUAAUGGGAGUUUUCUUGAUCACAGUGAUCAAUAUAAUGCUGGCAGCUUUCACCACAACCGAUGGAAACGGCCAAAAAUAAUAUCAA